UCUUCCUCAUCCCACCUCUCCUCCUUCCUCUCCCUACCCACGCCCAUGCCCCCCUCCUUACUUGCACACAAGACCUCGUCCUCAUACGCAAGUUCCUACGACUCUUCCCCCCGUCCCUCAUCUCCCUUGUCUGUGUCUGUGACCCGACAAAUAUUUUCUCUCUCUUCCCCCUCGUCAUCACUCUCUCUGCCCCUUUCUACACCUUUGACUUUUCCCUCUGCGAAUCCCAUUUCCAGCCAUGAUCCCUCUCCCUCCCCUGAUAAUCAGCUCCGGCCCUCCCUCGGCAAUCUUCCUGCUUCUCUCCCUCUGUCUCUCAGGUUCUUGAUUAUGGGGACCCCGAAAUCGGGCUUCGCUGAUUCCAACGACAUGGUCAGCAACAACAGAAACAACAGCAGCAAUGGCAGCAGCAGCAUCUACUGCGCCUCCACCGUGCCCGCCGCCCCGGCGCCCGCGCCCGAGACCCUCUCCUCCACCCCCUUGCCCGACCACUUCCGCCGCCUCUCCGACAGCUUGGAGUCCAUCUUCGGAUCCACCGACCUUGAGUUCUUCGCGGACGCAGAGAUCGCCCUCGGCGACGGCCGCGAGCUGCCCGUCCACCGCUGCAUUCUCGCCGCCCGGAGCCCCUUCUUCAGGGUGGCGUUCGCCGAGAAGGAUAGAGGGGCGAAGCUGGAACUGAAGGAGAUCGCGAGGGAGAUGGAGGUCCGGCCAGAGUCGAUGCUCGCGGUGUUGGGCUAUCUCUACAGCGGCAAGGUGAAGCCGUUGCCCAAGGGGGUCCGCGAGUGCGUCGACGACCUGUGCUGCCAUGUCGCGUGCCGGCCUGCCAUAGAUUUCCUGGUCCAGGUCCUCUAUGCUUCGUAUACGUUCCAAUUGAGUGAACUUGUUGACUUGUAUCAGGGGCACCUAUUGGAUAUUCUCGACAAGGUCGCAGUAGAUGAUACUCUGGUGAUUCUCUCAGCUGCAAAUAUCUGCGGGACUGCAUGUGAGAGACUGCUAUCACGAUGUAUUGAUACCAUUGUCCGAUCAGAUGUGGAUAUCGUAACCCUGGAGAAGUCAUUGCCCCAGCACAACGUAAAGAAAAUUACGGACCUCCGAUCAGAACUGGGCCUGAGCAAGUCCGAGGACAACAACGUUCCGAAUAAACACGUGAAGAGAAUAUACAGAGCGCUGGAUUCAGAUGAUGUGGAAUUGGUCCGCAUGCUCCUCAAGGAGGCCCAUACUACCCUGGACGAUGCAUGGGCCCUCCAUUAUGCGGUGGCCUACUGUGAUGCAAAGACGACCUCUGAGCUUCUUGAUCUCGGGAUCGCCGAUGUGAAUCGAAGGAAUUCUCGGGGAUAUACUGUGCUACAUGUUGCUGCGAUGAGGAAGGAGCCGAAGAUUAUUGUUUCUCUUCUGAUCAAGGGAGCGAGACCAUCAGAUCUAACUUUGGAUGGUAGGAAGGCUCUUCAGAUAUCGAAGAGGCUGACGAGGGCGGCAGACUAUUACAAGUCUGUGGAGGAGGGGAAGUCUUCUUCAACCGACCGGCUGUGUGUGGAGAUAUUAGAGCAGGCAGAGAGAAGGGAUCCACUGCUUGGAGAAGCUUCUCUUUCCCUUGCUAUGGCUGGUGAUGAUCUUCGCAAGCAGCUUCUAUAUCUUGAAAAUAGAGUUGGACUCGCAAAGCUUCUGUUUCCGAUGGAAGCGAAAGUUGCGAUGGACAUAGCUCAAGUUGAUGGAACUUCUGAAUUUCCAUUGCUCAAUAUCACUUCAAGGAACUUGGGCGGCACACAGGGCACCGAUGUGGACUUAAAUGAGGCUCCUUUCAAGAUUCAAGAGGAGCAUCUCAAUAGGAUGAGAGCACUUUCUCGAACUGUGGAACUGGGGAAGCGAUUUUUCCCUCGGUGCUCGGCAGUGAUCAACAAGAUCAUGGACAAUGAUGAAAUUUCAGAAUUAACAUACGACGGGAAUGAAACUCCCAAUGAACGACUCCGCAAGAAACAGAGACACAUGGAGCUUCAGGAAGCCGUGAGCAAGGCAUACUCUGAGGACAAGGAGGAGAUCGAUCGAUCAAGCCUGUUGUCUUCGUCUUCCUCAACUUCCAUCGGGCUUGUUGAUUCAAAUGGUAACAAGUUCGCUGCCAUCAGCAAUGUCAAGGAGAAUGAAAUGUAAGAUUCUUUCGAGGAGAGGUGCAAGCAUGAGUUGGUUGCAUCUUUCCGCUGUACCAUAUUGUUUCCGGAUUCUUAGUCGUCUAACUUGAUUUUUACUUUUUCUAAAUAUUCCUUAUAAAGAUCAUAGACAGUAAAGAAAUUUUGUUUUUAUGUUUCAUAGGGUGUAUGAUUCUAUUGUAAUAUCCAGUUUGUAAAUCUAUAUGGCAAAUUAGAGAAAUCUUGUACUGCUUCUAAUAAUUUAUCAUACAUGGAUUUUCUGUACGUAUUA